GAGAUUAGGGUUUCAGAUUUUGUCAAUAAAGAGAACAGAGAAUUCGAUUUCUGUAACGAACCGACGCCGGCGAUGGGAGCGUCAACUUCAUCGGAGCCAAAGCUUUCUCCGGAACAACAGGAAGCGGAAAACGUCGCAUCCACCACCGGAGCUCUUCCAAUACUUCAGAAAGCUUUCUCCAAGUUCGCCAACUCCGAAACAAACGCAAUUCCCUUAGAAAAUCUACAAAAAUGCUUUAGUUUCGUUCGCGAAGGUCGAAGUUACACUACCGAGAACGUAAACGAUUCGUUUCCGGUGUUAUUGGAUCAAUUAGGUUCAUCUUUAGUUGAUCAAUUUUUUAUUUCUGAUAAAGGAGGAAUAAACUGGGUUGAAUUUGUGAAAGGUUAUAACAAGUGUUGUUCUAGGGUUUCAGCAUCGAUUUUUUUAAACAAGUUUAUUAGAGUGUUUAUUGAUGUUGCUAAAAAAGCGAAUUUGUCUCUGAAUUUGGAGUUUGAAACAGAUGAUGUUGAUUGUAAGGUCAACGGUUACCUUCUUCCGAAUCAUGUGUUUCUGUUACUUUCCAUUUGUUGGGCUAUGUCUUGGGAUUGUAGAAAUUUGAAAGGGAAGGGAAAUUUGAGUGUACCAGAUUUGAGUCAUUUGGUGUUAUCAGCGGUUACGUCGUGUGUUGAUGAUAAAGAUGGGUUUGAUGUGUGGGAUUGUGAGGUUUUGAGCUUGGAAGUUGAGAUUCCUGUAGGGAAGUUUGUUACAUGGGUUAUCAGUACAGUGCCAUGUCUCCCUGAUUGCUUAAAGCAGUAUUUUCAUACAAGACUGCAAAUUGCAGUAGCUGAAGGGGAUGAAUCGGCAUCCUCUGAUUCCUCUUCUGUUGGAGAAAUUUCAUCUACAACUGCAUGCGAUUCUAUUUUAACCCAAGGAAGGGCGUGGGCAAUUUCUAUCACACAGAGAAGUACAAUAAAUGAAGAGAUUUCUAGAGCCUUUAUUAACAGUGGAGCUGGAAUUGAUGAGAACCUCAUUUAUCGUUCAUCCACCCAUGGAAGAGGCCUCAACAGAUUUUGGUCUCAUGUUGAAGGUUAUCACGGUCCGUUGCUAAUUUUGAUUGCUGCAAGUUCAGGAAAUGAUCACGAAGGAAAUUCUGCAAUCAGGAAAUUUGUUUUAGGUGCCCUAACAAACGAAGGUCUUGAAAAUAAAGAUAUCUUCUAUGGAACUGCCGGUUGUUUAUAUUCUUUAAGCCCGGUGUUUCAUGUAUUUCCACCAUCUGGUAAGGAAAAAAAUUUCGUUUAUAGCCACUUGCAUCCUACUGGAAGAGGAUACCAAUCACAUCCAGCGCCAGUUGGAGUUGCAUUUGGAGGAAGUGCGGGAAAUGAGAGAAUAUUUAUUGAUGAAGAUUUUUCAAAAGUGAUCAUUCGCCACCAUGCUGUUGACAAAACUUACCAGAGCGGUGCCCUCUUUCCAGAUCAGGGUUUCCUACCUACUGAAGCUCUCAUUUCAGAAGUUGAAGUUUGGGGACUUGGUGGGAAAGCAGCAAAGGAUGUUCAAAACAAAUAUAAGAAGAGAGAAGAACUUUUCACUGAUCAAAGACGAAAAAUUGACCUGAAGACAUUUGCAAAUUGGGAGGAUUCACCUGAGAAAAUGAUGAUGGAUAUGAUGUCUGAUCCAAAUGCUGCACGAAGGGAAGAGCGUUGAGCAAACAUAUAGUGUUGCUUUGCUUAGUGCAAUACUUUAACUGGCUUGAGAUCCUCCAACGGUUUAUCAUGUGAUUGUUCUUUAUAUUUCAGGCUUGCGAUCCUCAAGAAACUGUACAUGAUAUAGAAAUUGUCUAUAAGAAAAAUAUUUUGCGUGCCAAUCAUCUUCUUGAGAA